AUGUCGUUUGACGCUUCCAAGAAACGUAAAAAUACUCAAGUAUUGGAAACAAAUGAUGACGUGAAGCGACCCAUUCCAGAGACACCUUCCUCUGCCUAUGACAAAAAUGAAGAGCACAGCAUUAACACCAGCUCCUUUAUCCCCGUGACAUCGUCGUCGUCAUCACCCGCCGACCCUCUACGUCCCAAAUCGCCACCAUUGGGCAUGACAUUGUCCCAUUUCGAUGCGUCGACUGGAAGCUAUAGCUCAUCGGUUGUAAAUAUCACAGACGCUGUUGACACCAAUGUUUGUUCAGGGAUGACGCCUGUUUAUCGUACAGCAGCAGAACGCUAUGGAUCCGAGAUUCUUUGA